CAUGUGUUGGGAAAUGUUCUUGGUGCGCUUGGUAAUCAAGAAUCGCUGAAAAUUGCUCGUGAAGUGCUACUGGUCCAGGGACCCGAAUUCCUGGACGAUUAUCUGCUUGGAGCCGCCCACACUACAAGCAAUGAUGAGAAAUGGCAUAAGCAUUUGAUGUACUGGAUGAUCGACGGGAAGGAACAGCAGGAGCUGUACUGGAAGUUAGCCAACACGUUGGCCACAGUCCUAAGAAAGCGAUGCGAUAGGACACCAAGCACGCGUAAUUCGUGCCAGCAAGGAAAAGAACGGAUAGUUGCGAGAUUUAUCGCUGAUGUCAGCGCAUGCAAAACAGAGGAUUGCCAUGUGAAAUCACUGGAGGUUCUUCAGAACAUCCCAAUAUCGGCAUCGUUCGAACUUGCCCGAGGAUUCCUUUGUACUUCCAAUCACAGCGUGCCCGUUCAAACUGCCGCUUUACAAGUGAUCAGAGCCGCCAGUCCAACACUUUAUGACUCUAAGUUGGCCAACACCCUCAUCAGACUAUUCCGCAACGUUUGUCCCCAACCAACAACAACUGGCGAGUCGCAACUAGCCAUCGACAUUCUUGUCAGAUGUAUUCCUGAACAGCAACAUGUUGCAACGAUGCUUCUUCGUACGGAAACACUGAAUCCAGAUGAUCCUGAAAAAUGGCAGUAUUUUUAUAAAGCUGUCCAAAGUAGUGGACAGAGGGAUGAGUUGAAGGAGGAAGUCUGGCGCCAAAUGCGAAAAUUCAAAGUUUUCCGACCAAAUUAUGCACAACGUGCUUUGAUUGCCGAUUCACAUGCACGUUGGCAGGAAAUCGCUGAUGUUGAUGGAUACAGAUUGCACUCAACAUCGGAGGUUGAGUUCGAUUACGGAGUUUUCAAGCGAUCAAAUUUUGAGAUUGGUUUGAAGCACGGUAAACUCACGACAAUGACAGUUGGAUUGGACUCGUUCGUCAGCGAUCGUGCAACUCCAGCAGAUCCCGAAGCAAAAGGCACAACUGAGCUCAUGGCUGCGGUAUGGAACGCUGAUGGACAGACAGUCAAGGCUCUUGAGGGCAAUGUGAUGCUGCGGGACACCACCAUUACGCUACCGUUGCUUUCCGGACUCACUGUUGAGGUCUCGUCAAGUGGAGCUCUCUCGUUCAAAGUGCUAACCUCUGCAGCCGUUUCAAUUUUCAAUCAACAGUCUUUAGCGGAGCUAAAUACUAAG